ACACAAAGACAAGGAGGACCCACAGGCGCUCUGACUCUCUCAGCUUAGUUAGCAUACUCUGCUGUGGAGCGGCUGUCUACAUCCCACUAAAGUCCCAAUGAUGACCUCCAAAGACAAAGAAAACUGACAUCUCAGUAGGGUGGGGAAACCGUCAGCACAACUCAAGAGAGGAAACAGGAUUUUGUGUGUGUGUGAGUGAGUGAGUGAGUGAGUGAGUGAGUGAGUGAGUGAGUGAGUGAGUGAGUGAGUGAGUGAGUGAGUGAGUGAGUGUAUGCAUGUGUGUGAGCUUGUACUAAAAUGUACAAAAGUGUGUGUGAGGAUGAGCAAGCACCUCGAUUGAUGAAGUAGAGUUUAUGGGGGUAAACACCAGUGAUUUCAGGAUAAAGAAGCUGUGAUCUUCGGAUGACAUGAGACUAUAAACACCAACACUGUCCACCUCAAGAAGCCGCUGGCCAAAGGGCAGCACAUCCUACCUCCGACCGCUUGGCCAGGUGGCACCAAUUUAAACCCCACCACCCAGCCGCCGACAUGCUCCAGCAGAUAUUAACGGACAUGUACAUCGACCCUGAUGUCCUGAACGCUCUUAAUGAGGACCAGAAAAAGACUCUGUUCCUGAAAAUGCGGCAGGAACAGGUACGCCGCUGGACGGAACGGGAGGAGAGAGAAGCGGGGGACGCUGAACGUAAGAGAACAACGCCAAAGAAAGCCAACAGUAAGAGUGUGAGCUGGCUGCUCGGUCGGGAUGGAGAUGUGGCGGUCAUCGUGAUCGGAGAGGUGGACGAGCUGAGCUCCAAAUUCAUCUGCUCAGGAUUUGGAGAAAAGAAGACGCCGAGUCUUCAGAACAAUGCAUACCAACAAACCAUCUUGAAGAGCAGAAAUACCACAGAACCAGUCAGAACUGAAAGAGAGAACCUCCCUCGUAAUACACAACCUGGAGUUUCACUGAAUUUAAAGGGGAAGAGUGAGAAGACGAGCACCUUACUCCCUCUGCCGGUGUCAGUGAGUGAGCAUUCAUCAACGACAGCAGCAGAAAAGCCCGAGCCGAAGUCAGCCAGCGCGACUGAAGAGAAGUCAGUUCCCCAGCCCUCCAUCUGCUCACUGCUUCUCACGAGAGCUAACCCUGUCAGUGUGAGACCGGCUUCUGCAAAUGCAGCACCGGGCUCUCUCAGCCCGAGACUGGCCCUCGCAAAUCUGAGGCUGGCCACCACCGCAACGUCCCCUUCCCCCAGCGGCGCUGUCAAAACGGACUCUGGGACAACAAAAGGUGGCCUGCACUCACAGGAACCUCGGAAGCCCCAGGAAUCACUGAGCGGGAAAGAUAUUGGUGCAUCAGAAACGUCUCGGAGGGCUGCCCCGGAGAAGGCCGGGUCAUCGGGGACCGGCGGAGGGCGCGGCCGCGUGGCUCAGCUGAUGAAAACCUUCAGCGCCGACAGCUCCACAACCCCCUCACAGACCCCCGCUCGCAGCGUCAAGCCUCCUCUACCCAACAAGCCUGGCCACUUGCGUCUGACGACCACACCCACUGUCAGGUAAUCCUCACACAGUGACGAACACGACGCCCACCCGGCUUCACGCAUCCCAGUGAAUCAAAUAAAGCCACGCUGAACAAUAUGGGGCCCCUAAUGAGGAGCCUCAGCCAGUGGGGUGAAUGAGAUGACCAACUCAAAAAUGGUAAUGUUCACAAUGUUGCCAUCACUCCCAAAGCACAGCAAUGGAAAUGCUUGAAUGUAAUGGUUUUCUUUUUAUGUUUGGAAGCUUCAGUACUGUAAACACUCUUCGUGGGAAGGAAAUUCCAAAGCGACCGAUCGCAAUGUGUAUGUAUUUUUUUCCAGGGAAUUAAUGUCAAUCACAUGUAUUCACUUGAUAUUGAUGCUUUCCACUUUGUGUGACACACGUUUUCAUGUCCAAUACACAAACCCCAUACACACAACAUUGUUUACUUACCAAUGACAUUAUCUUCAUCACUUAUAAGACAGUUUGCAUGAGCUCAUAUGCAGACACACGUGUGUUUGGUUCAGGACAAAAGACUGGGCAUGGGCAGGCAUAAUGGGCUAGAAUAAGGCACAGUAGGGUCCUCCUUCAUCUCGCUGUCUCCUCCUUGGGAAUACUUUAGGGUUGUUUAUUUGUCACAAUGCAAUGUAUGUCUCCCUCUGCCACCUGGCAGGAGCCUCACUGCGACCUGUUGUGGACCGGAGACAGUGCCAAAUGCAUCGUCUGUCACUCCCAGUGGAUCAAGUCAGACAGUCGCUGCCAAAUAAUCCAGCUCCGUGUUACUCUUCUGCAAUAUUUCCAGUACUAUUUUAGAAAUGCUUGGUUGUACUUUUUCUGUUUGUUUGUUUUUUCACUUUUUUCUAUAGGGAGAAAGAUGUUUUGUAAUGGGAUAUUCAACAUUACUGCGAUGUUCGCUUGUAAAAUGAGAGACAUUUUUAUCUUUGUUGUCAAGCUUGUAUGACGCAAUCAAAGAAAUAAUAAAAUUGUGUAACUUUUACACCUUG